AUGGACGUGCAGGAGCGGCCUGCCUCGACCUCGCGCCUCUUCCGCUCGACCGCCUUUGCCCGCGACGAGCCCAAGCCCUCGCCCGCACCGAUCGACCAGCAGGCCGCGACCGAGCUCCCGACCGAGGAGAUCCCCGCCGUCUCGUCGUCGCUCGACGCCACCAAGGCCGCGACGAGCCCGACCACGCCGAGCGAGGCGCCGUACGGCCAGGAGGUUGGCGCCGCCGGUGACGACGCCGCAGGUCGCGGCGGCAUCGACCCGGUCGCCGAGGCCGACCAGUCGGCGCCCGUCCUCGAGACGGACCCCGAGGCGGCCAUGCUCGCCGCGCAGGCAGAGCAGGACAAGGUGUCGCGCACCGUCUUCAUCGGCGGCCUCAGCUGGAACGUCGACAAGGACUGGCUCGAGGACGAGCUCCUCAAGGCGCUCGACGUCACCGAGGGCAUCAACGAGGUGCGCGUCGCUCGCGACGGCAUGGGCAAGUCCAAGGGCUUCGCCUUUGUCGAGCUGAGCUCGCCCGAGCUCGCCAAGCAGCUCACCGACUCGUCUGCGCCCGUCAUCGACGGCCGCCAGACCCAGAUCCAGGCGUCGACGUCGGGCGUGCGUGCGCCUCGCGCCCCUCGCACCGAGGGUCGCACGGGCGUGCGCGACAGCAAGCCGCGCAACCCGCCCGCGCCGACCAUCUGGAUCGGCAACAUUCCCUGGUCGGCCGACGAGCUGUCGGUCGAGAACACGUUUGGCCGCUACGGGCCCAUCAGCCGCGUCAAGAUCCCCAAGGACGCCGAGACGGGCCGCAGCCGCGGCGUCGCGUUCGUCGAGUACGAGACGGUCGACGCGGCCAACCGCGCCCUGAGGGCGUCGCAGGAGCGCGGCAUCUCGAUCGACAAGCGGCCCGUCCGCGUCGACUUUGCUGCCGCGUCGAGGGGGUCCAGGCCCGGGCGUCGCGAUCGGGGGACGAGCGCUGCCGGCGGGCGCUACUAGUCGCGCCGCGGGACCGGCUCGGCGAGGCUGUACCUCUGUGUCUCUCCCUCUCUCUCUGUCUGUACCACCCGCACCCUGAAACUCGCAUCUCUACCUGCCUCUC